AUGACGAUUCUGCAAUUGUCACUUUUCACACGCGUUUCUUAUACCAUAAAAUGUAUCAAAGAAUGCAUUGUCAAUGUAUCAUCAAAAAAUCAUUGGAGAAAAUUUAAUAAACAUCGGUAUUAUGCAACUACAAUCAACUUAAAAGUUGAUGCGCAGAAUGUAGUAAGCAGUGGUCUAUCUGACAUAAGUGGCUUUGAGAAUAUUCACUUGCGAUUCAUCUGGGAAAAAGUUGGAAGAUGGUCAAACCAUACUGCUUUGGUAUGCGCAAAUACUGGUAGAUCAUAUACGUACGGUCAAUUAAGAAAAGCAUGCGGUAAACUAGCAACGAGUUUAAGAAAAAACCUCUUAUCGGGAGAUACUAUUGCUAUCAUUUUACCAAAUAUUCCAGAAUUCGCUAUUAUCAUAUUAGCAGCAAAUGAAGCCGGUUUACGAACAACUCUGAUUAAUCCUACAUAUACAAUAUAUGAGAUAAAAAGACAAUUAGAGAACGCGGACGCUCAAGCUAUUUUUACAUUUCCGGGAAAAUAUAUUGAUAUUAAAGCAAGUAUUGAGAAAAAUUCGAAGAUAAAAUUACCAAUUAUCAUCGUAAACGAUGGGACUAACGCUAGCUCAAUCUCAGGGACGAUUCAAUUAAAUGAUCUUAUUCGUGACGACAUCGAAGAUUUUUCAAUUAGUCAAAAAACUGGAAUAAGUUGCGAAGAUACGGUAUUCUUGCCUUAUUCCAGUGGCACGACUGGUUUGCCGAAAGGCGUUGAGUCGUCUCAUAGGAACAUUGUUGUAAAUAUUCUUCAAAGUGCAGAUCCAAUAUUUUUCCCAGGAAUAGAAGCGAGUGAACACCAUCAGGAUAUUAUACCGCUAAUAUUACCAUUGUAUCACUAUGGGUUAUUAGCUACCAUGUAUACUUACUUGCGAAUAGGUGCUAAAUUGGUGUGUCUACCACAAUUCUCAACGGAAAACUUUAUAAAACUGUUUGAAAAUCAUCGGUGCACAUUAUUGCAUGUAGUACCACCUAUCGUUCAGAUGAUGACAUACAAUGAGCGAAUUACACCCCGUCAUAUUGAAUCUGUAAGAAUAACAUUAACAGCAGCUGCACCGCUCGGAGAAAAACUUAUCACCAAAUUUCAAAGUCGUUUCACUAAUGACAUGAAUUUUAUGCAAGGAUAUGGCAUGACGGAGCUAUCCCCGUUUGUUACAAUCAGUUCUGUAAAUACAUCGACGUUAUCCUGUGGUUAUUUGCUUCCAAAUACACAAAUGAGGAUUGUAAGCACGCGAGAUAACACUCUCGGCAGAAAUUUAGGUCCGCAUGAAGUAGGAGAAAUAUAUGUACGGGGCCCACAAGUAAUGAAAGGGUAUUACAAAAAUCCCAAGGCAACAGCAGAGACUAUGGAUGGAGAUUGGUUUAAGACUGGUGAUUUAGGGUAUUAUACUGAAAAUGGUUUAUUGUAUGUGCAAGGACGAUCGAAGGAAUUGAUAAAAGUAAAAGGAUAUCAAGUUGCACCCACUGAACUUGAAGAAGUAAUUCGUCAUUACGAUAAUAUAGAAGACGUCGCCGUCAUUGGUGUGACACACGAGAAUUAUGGCGAAAUUCCAAAAGCUUUUGUAGUUCCUAAGUCGGGAAUCAAAAUUAAUGAGAACAAACUCAAAAAAUUUGUCGCUAAACAUGUAGCCAAGUAUAAACAAUUAGGAUAUGUACAAGUUAUAGAAAGUAUUCCAAAAUCUGCAGCUGGAAAAAUUCUUCGAAAAGAACUUAAAAAUCUAUAACAUAUUCUUCAAAUAUCGAAUUUCUCGAAUUGAAGAAAUCGAAUUGAAGAAAUUUACAUCAUUACUAAACAUCGAUUUAUAUAUGCAUUAUAUCUGCAUUGUGGUUAAAAUUAUGUUUAAUAUUAACAAAAAAUGUUUAUUAUAACAAAAAGCGACUAUCUUUCUAUCCAUACAAGACAUGGUUGUUUAUUUACAAGAUAAUUUAAAACAAAAUUUAUUCUUUAGAUUUGUUGACACCACUUUGAGAGGAAUCUUCUUUUUCCAAAAGGGCACUAGUAAUACCAGCUUUCUUCAAUUCCUCAAUAAGGUCUCCAUUUUUAUGCAUUUCUAAGAGUAUGUCGCAGCCACCCACAAAAUCACCAUUUAUAAAUAUUUGUGGUAUUGUAGGCCAAUUAGAAAAGUCUUUUAUACCUAAGUAAUUAAUAUUAGUAUUUCAGAAUUAUAUGACAUUAGCAAUAAUUAAUAAUUUACGAAGAUUAAUACUUUACAGAAGAUUUACGAAAAUAUAUAAAAUUAUAUAAAUUUUUUAUUUUAUGCAGUAUAAACAAUAAAAAAAUAUUUAUUUUUAAAAA